AUUUGUUAAAAUACUUCACUUUUUGUAAGUAUAGCAGAGAAGAAAUUUAGUGAAAUCAAUAAACUCUAUCAUGACUUUACAAAGACUGAUAGGGUGAAUUUUAUAGGCCUGUAGAAACAAUGUCUUUUGUAAUCUUAGAUUGUUUUCUGCUAUUAUACAGUGAGCCAGUUCCAGAGAUAGCCAGGAAUACUCAAGUAAUGACUUUAUUUCCAACAUUCUUAAUUUUCUCAGAAGUAUUGAGGGUAAGAUUGUUUUGGAGCAAAGUGUUACAGACAGAUGAAACUAAAGUAAACCUUUGUCAGAGUGAUGGAGAGGUGAAAGAAAGGAGCUGCAGGUGCUCCAAAGAUCACCUCAUCUGUGAAACACGAACACCUGUGGAACUGCCUCUCUUGUCCUAAUUGAUGAUGUAAUGAUGGCAGCAGCAGAAUGAAUUCUGACACAUACAGAAGCAUUCAGCUUACCAGAAGAAAAUGGUAGUGCUUCACUACAGAGCAACUCUAUCGUAUAGAGUAUAGAAUAAAGAGUAAAGAGAGUAUAGAGUACCUUUUUGGCUCUUUGGUGUUGAUGUGUAAAGUUGUGAGCUGAUUAAUGUGGGGGAAAAAAGCAACUUGUUGUUAGCAAAGCAUUGUUGCACUAUUAAGAUUUGUCGAAGGAAUUUGAUUGUCUUUUUUAAGAACAUUCUGGGAAGUAAGCAGACAGAAACUGCAGCAAAAACCUCAUAAUAAAUAACUCAUUAAAUAUGAUUUAGCAAUGACUGUGCAGAAAUGUGGAUCAACGCAAGGUUUAACUUUCACACAUUCCAGUUCUCAAAGUGCAAUUAUUUUCAAAUUUCCGUUACAGCGAGAACCCUAUCUUUGAAUAAGCUAGGCUCUCUUCAUUUCUCCUCCUCUUGGGGCAAUGCUUGGGGAAAAAAAGAAUCGUUAAAGUAAUAAUGAAUACAUGCAUGUAAUUAAAGUCAAGCAUCCCCAUGCAGUGCAAAUCAAAAACUGCGGAAUGGCUUGUCUUUCCGUACAAAACAUUUGUGGCAAGUUUCAUCUUUUAAUUGAUGCUAUUUAUAAGUAAAGGCUCCUGGAUGAGAGAGGAAAGUCAGAACUAUAUUUAUAUGCCGUUUGAUUAAGGGGGAUGGUAGAUCAACACAAUUUGCAGUGUCUGCACAUAUUUGACUAAAACUUUAAUGCUGCAUCCAUGCUGUGUGCUCAAGUGUGGGCUGAGGUAGGAGUGAGAAGAAUGCAUGAGCUUAAGAGUCCAAGACAUGGUUUGCUUGGUGUCCUUACUGGGGUUUUACUUGUAUUGCAUAACUUACCUACCAGAUGAGAAGACAUUUAUGCAAUUCAUAGCCAAGCUGGUUUACUUCUUGCUCUGUGCCGUCGGCCUGGUGCUUUCGGUGCUGGCUGUGGCCUUUGCUGGGUACCACUACUCGCUGAUUAACGCCUUCGCCUGCUCAGAGGAGGAGGGUGCCUGCAUCUGCAAACUGGACCCUGAAGACCCCAUCGCCAGGACCUUCAUCUACAGUGACGUGAGCACCUGCUUCUCCAUCACCAACACUCACAAGCUCUACCUCCUGCUGCAGAUGGCUCUGAACCUCACCCAGGCUGCGGUGUGCCUGGUUGGCUGUUUCGUGAUGUGGAAGCACAGGUACCAGGUGUUUUUUGUCGGCCUCCAGCUUGGCUCUGGCAGUGAACAGCAGUGGCAGAAGGUGUAGUCCUACACCGACCCUUUGAACCUUCCUCCACUGAUCUCUCGCCCUUGCAGCAGGUACACAUGGUCGCUGAGAGACUAUGGGCAGCCUUCUUUUCAACAGGGGGGGAAGACAUCUGACUUCUCUCCCGAUAAAUCCCACCCCCCAAUGUUUGAAUGCAAGCAGGUGUUUUAAUUUCUCAUGAGGGAAGGGUCUUUAUUGUUGCACGUUCACUUGUGAGAAGAAGGGUUUUCAAAAUGCUAACAGGUGCCAAUGUUAUUGCAGACAGUGGUGCAGAUCUUAUACCAAAAACUCUUUCCUACAAUUCUUUAUUUAACCUUCAUUUUGAAGGUUAGAGUGUUCUUAUAAACAGUUCGUUCCUUUAAAAUAAACCGGCUGCAGAAAAUGUCAAGUAUUGGCAACAUUUGCAAAGCAGACCCAUAAACUUCUUUAUCCUCCAGAUAUAUAGUAUGUCCUCACCAGAAGAAAUAAUUCAUUCAUUUUCAGGUCUAGAAAUUCGCUCGUUUUUUUUUCUAAUCAGCCCCUCAUUUAAGAUGAUGAUUAAUAAUUGGUAGCCAAAUUGUUGUUUUCUGAAUUAUUCCUGAGAGAUGGGAGAAGCACCUUUUCUCAUUCAGAGGUAGGAAUGACCUCUCACUUUACAUGUUUAAAGUUUGAUUUGCACUCUGAUCAUGUUGGUUCUAUUUGACUCUUGUCAGUUGUCUCCGUCCGUCAACUUUCUAACCACCUUAUCCAAUUCAGAAUGGCAUGGGAGCCAGAGUGUCUCCCAGCAAGCAUUGGGCACAAGGCAGGAUACACUCUGGAUGGGAUGGUAGUCAAUUGCAGGGUACACACAUACUCAAACAUCACGCACUCGCACCAUGGCCAAAUAACCUACCAGUCAGUCUUUGGACUGUGGGAGGACACCAGAACACCAGAGGAAACCAAUUUCUGCAUCACUGUACCUCCCAUCAGUUGUAUCCUCACUACCAAAUUUAUAUUGAUUGCAAAAAAAUCUUAAAAAUGCCAAUUCAUCAAAAAAUGACUACGAUCUGGUCAGCUGUAGCACAUGGACUCUCACGGUUCUCCGUGUCUUGAUUACAUGGUUAAUUAGUUUUCACCAUACAGCAUGUUUUAUAUAAUAUUGUCCGUAUAUACUGUAUAAGGCUGCAAGAUGUGUCUCAACACAUUAUUUUCCAAGAUCAUUCCAGUUUCCACUGGUUAAUGGCUUCUUAAAAAAAAUUCAAAGAUUUCCAGAUCUUGGUUACAAAUGUAAUUCUGUUUGGGAAAAUAUUUAAAAAUAAAAAACAAAAUAUUAGCCACUCCA